GAAUAAGACGAUGGUAAAACAACGAAUUACGAAAGAGAAGAUGUAUCAGGAAUGGAAAUAGUAAGCAAAUAGUAGUUGCAUUUGUAUUCUAAGCAAUUUUUUUAAAGUUGGGGCGGUCCGGUGAUGUAUGUGAAAAAACGGCGCCCGUCCACACGGCAGGGACCGGGUUCAAAUCCCAUCCGGACCGUCUCCCCGUAGCAUGGACUGACUAUCCUGCUACGUGGUAAAAUAAGUCUUGAUACGGCCAGGCUGUUCUAACCGAGAAAAAAAAAAAUUAAAUUAUCAAUUUUAAUUACAAGUAUCAUAUUCAAAGAUAUUCAACAUUUUAAAACAGAAUUACAAACCUGCGUAAAUAGCAAAACUUAAAAAAAAACAUUCACUGUAGCAUAUGUGACAUUUUCCCAACCAAUUGGGAAAUGCACGUGUGGCUUAAUUGCACUUCUAAUUACUCAGAUGUAUGCAACAGAUGUUCUAUGGAGCGUUUUACUAUGCUGCACUGUCCGUAGAUAUUCCACACGCUUUGUAAUAAGUAAUGAAGGAAAUAAAAUAAUCUUAACAAUAGAAUGUGGGCGAAAAGGCGUGCCAUGAAAAAGUUGAGAACCAGUCCUAGAUUGGCCUGUGAUUUGAUAAGUCUAGAUCAGGUUGUCUGUUAUAAUUCUGCAGCUUUUCUUACUUAUGGCAUCCGUUGAAAACUUUCGUCAGCUUUUGAAACCGCUGAUAUUUUACUCGAAACCAUUAGGAAUCGAAAUGUGGACGGCUCCUGGAAAAUUUAAACCAGCAUCUUACCAUAUGGUGCUUGAAAUGAUAAUCUACCUUAUCAGCACCAUAACGACCGUGAUAAAGUAUAGGAACGAUCGGAUGCAUAUGAUGAAAGUUCUCGUCACGUUGGGAACCGCUUUCCAGUCUCCUUUACAGCUAUUUAUAAAAUUUUUUGUUUCACACUCAAAGGCAAAUGAGGUGAAACAACUCACCGAUAAAAUAGAGCAAGAUAUUCUAGAACGUUUUCAGAAAGGAACAAUGGAAGAAGUUGCAGUGCUCGAUCGAGCUGGUCGUUAUCUAUGGAUUAUAUUUCGUGUUAUGAGGGUAAUAUGCAUCAGUACUGCAGUUGCAUUUAUGUCCUACCCAAUAUUUGCUUAUUGCACUACAAGUCAAAUAUUGCCGUUGUUUCUACACGAGCUACCGUACUUUGACUAUAGUACCAUGACUGGGUAUGCGGUAAAUAUGGCGUUUCAACUAAACCUUACCGUAAACGGCGUUAUGGGAGUUAUGUUGUCCGAUUUCUUGUUCUUGGUGUUUGCGAUGUAUGCAAUGGUCGUAGCAGAUAUUUUGAUUGUUCACCUUGGUGAGCUUGAAGCCAUGCUGAAUGAUCCAAUGAAAGAUGAUACAAAGAGAUCGGAAGUACGAGAAAAGUGGGUACAGUGCAUGUACGAUCAUCAACAGUCAACUAGCUUCUUGAACAUCAUUGAAGACAUCUUUGGACUCCAAUGUCUAGCACAGGUGGUGAUGGGCGUGUUUACAAUAUGUGACUGCAUGCUGCUGGUAGCGUUGACAGACUGGUAUCCAACGUACUGCUUUUUGUUGGUUAUGUUUACGGAGCUCACAAUUUACUUUAUCAUAGGCCAUAUAAUUGAACUGAAGAUUGACGAAGUGUAUCAUAAAAUAAUUUCAAUGCCAUGGUACAAGCUGCCGGUGAAGGAACAGAAAGAGUUUUGCUUUCUUGUAUCGAGACAACAGCGUCCCAUGAUGCUGACAGCUUUUGGGUUUCAUCCAAUGAACUUUGAGGCGUACAUGAGCGUGUUGAAAGGUUUGUACCAGUUUUUCGUAAUGGUUAUGCAGUAUGUUGCGUAA